UGGAAGUAUCUCCGUGAUAAAUCACGCUAUGUAAUGGUGGCGACCUCGUGUGAAAGCUUUACAUCUUUCCUAUCUAAAUUUCCUAUCUUUUUUUCUUUCCCUAAAACAUUUUAGUUACAAGUACUUAUUUCAAUGAUUGAUUAUCAUUAUACUGGUUAUAAAGUUGCAGUGAUUGGGUUAAAUCGUGUUAUUGGUGUUAGCUAGAGCUGCUAGAGUUGACUACUAAAAAGAAGUAUGGGUAUACAAUCCCUUCAGGAUUAUGUUGACAGUUGUGGAAGGCAUGCCAGUCAGCUGUCAAAAGUUUUAGAAACAUCUAAAAGGAAAACAUCAAAUCUUUUAUUGAUACAUGCAGAUAGCUGUUUCCGACAAUUUUACCAUGAAAAUAUUGAUUGGGUUUGUGGAGGACAAUGGAGUGAACUUUUCCAAUGUGUUGAAAAAUUUGUUCGUGCUUUUCGCCAAUCAGACAUAGAAUUAGUAGUAUUUUUUGAUGGAUGCCUUACUGAAUACACUCUUUAUCAAUGGUCUAUGAAGCAUCGCUUUACAAGAGAAGUUGUAAAAGAAACUCUUUCUCAUAUAAUACAUAAUCAAAAUAUACCUUUUAGAACUAAAACGAAAAAUUUUGUGACACCUGGUUCCUUCAAAUCAGCCUUACGGUUAGCAUUUCGUGCAUGUGAGGUUAUUGUCUGUUGUUCAAUAAAGGAUGUCUACAAAGAAUCUAUUUUAUAUGCUAAAGACCAAAACUGUUUAGGAAUUUUAGGAAAUGAUGCAAAUUACUUUUUUUAUAAUGCACCUUGUUAUAUCUCCUUGGGAAGUACUCGUUGGAUGAAAAAGUUUUUAAGUGCAUGCAAAGUAUACAGCAUAGAGUCCCUGCUAAAAGAAUUAUUGUUAACAAAAGAAGAUUUACCUUAUUUUUCUGCAUUACUUGGAAAUUUUGUUAUCUCUGAUUCUUUAUUGUCUUCAUUUUACUGGAGUCUGAUAGAAGACGAUAAUCCAAUCAAAAAAGUUAAGGACAAUCUAUCCUGUGAUGCUGUUUUGCCUCCCAGCGAAGUCCGUUUGAAGUGUGUUGCAAAGUUCUUGCAUAGCAUUUCUGUAGACGACAGAGAUGUAGAUAAUUUAGCAAAACUGGUUUUCAGUGAGAGUAAAAAUAUUACAAUAAAUAAAGGUGCUGAAAAGUUAAAGAAGAUUAUAGACUUUUAUAAAGACAACUUAGAUGCUUCACUUUCUUCAAUCUGUAAUGAAAAAGAAUCAGAUACUAACCUGUCAAAAGCUGGAUUUCCUCUGCCAGUCGAAGUUACUGCUCACUCUAAUGUAUUAAAUAAAUAUAAGAAGGAUUGGGACUACCGUGACAAAAUCCAGCAAUCUUCAUCGCAAAAAUUAAACAAGGACAACAAUGAGGAAACAGUAACCAAGAAAUUAGAUGAUCCUGAACAGAUUUUAAAACAGGGCACGUUAGAAGAAGCUGCGCAGGCUCUUGAGCAACUUGAAUUGAAAGAAGCAGAAGAAAUAUCUCAACCAAAGGAAGAAUCACAAUGUGAAGAAAAACCUGAGGUUGUUGCUGUUGAUGAGGAGAAACCUGAUACUAUGGCUAUAAUUAAUUGUGAAGAUUCUGAUGAGAAUCAAGUUCUGUCUGAUUAUCCUAGAGAAAUUUCUGUAUCCCUUGUAAAUCCUGAUAUUAGUGAAGAUGUUUUGAACAUUGCCAAAAGACGCCAUCAGACAGGUCAAAUGUGUCCGGAAGUUCUUCACCUCCUCACAAAAGGUGAAAUUAUGUUGGACUUGACUAUUGAUGACGAGCUUGCCACUUCAAGACUUCCCAUUCCACUUAUAUACCGUCCAAUGAGACAGUUGGUGUAUGGUGUGCUCUUUGGAGUAAAACAAAAUAUUGAUGGACAUGUGGAGAAAGCAGAAAAUGUUGAGAACGAGGAAAAAGAAAAAAUCAAUGAGAAUGGUGAAAUAAAGGAAGAAACCGAAGAGGCUAAUGUUAAGGGAUUGGUAAACGGAACUAACAAGCCUCCCACUCAUGUUGACACAAGUAGUGGAAGCGAAUUUACAGUGAAGGAGUGGUGUAUAUAUGCAGACCAAUCAUUGGAUAAGCCCGAUAUUGUUCAAGCUAAAGGUAUGAAUUGGGGUAUACCAUCUUUGAAAAAGCUCUGGUUUGGCACAGAUUCUGAAGAUAAUGCGAAUCGACUAAAAGCGUUCCUAUCGUGCAUGAAAAGCGAUACAAUCAACAUGUCUAACACAGCCAUGGUGCCGCAACGGUUAAUGUUGUUAUGUUGUGUGUUAAGGUACUUGAUUCAACAAGACUCUGGUAAAGCUGUGUUAACAAAGCAAGAUAUCGAUGCAUUUCUAGCACAGGCUCUGUCUACGCAGCUUACUACAGAAUACAACACGCAAAACCUGGCAAAUAUUAAACUCAACCAAGUUGAUGCAAGAUGUGUGCAGUUGUCGGCAAUAUUUAUGAGUGGAAUCGAAAAUGCAAUAAUUGCAAACGAUGCAUGCGGGUCUCCCGUACCCUGGGAGUUCUGCUGCCCGUGGAAUUUCUUCGAUGGGAAAUUGUUUCACAGUAAAUGGCUCCAAUCUACAAUGAAUUUUAGCACGACAGAUCUAUGUGAUGGAAAACCUCACAUCGCAGAGAAACUCGAGCGCCUGCGCUGGUGCAUAACAGAAGGUCUGGAAGCGAAGCACACUAUAACUGGACUUCAAGAAAAUAAGAAAUUCUUUAAUCCUUUUGGUAAUGUACCUACGAUGCAGUCGGGACCUACCUAUGGUGUGAUGAGACCGGCAGGUUCUUAUCUUCCCAUCAAUACCAGGCAGCGGUCAAGAGGUCCACACAGCAAGCGUCCUGUUCACGGGAGUGGUGGAACUUUGCAUGUGGCUGGCGUACCCGUGGCUCAUUGGGGUGGCAACAAAGCAGGUCUUGGUUACUCCAAAAACGCGCCUAGCGUUCUAGUUGGUGGGCCAAAUAGCGUUGAUUUACCAAGCAGUCACCGUCGCAACAACCGGUUAGGGCGUGGAUAUGGCGGUCGCGGUCUACUGGAAACGCCUUAUAUGUCACCAUGGCAACAAGGGUAUGGUUACGAAGAAUACAUGAAUGCGACUUACCAACGUUAUAUGAAAGGCGUGCAAAAAGUUUGCCAGGUUCGUUCAAGAGUGAAUAAAUCCAACCGACAUUCAGGUCCAUCCGUGUACAGCUCUCGAACGCGUCACCAAGAUUUAUCUCAUGGGAAACAUGUAGCAAACAAGAAAGACAACACUUGGUAUGGAAAUGGACGUGGUCGUGUAGACAACGACGCGAUCACUUCCGAGAAAGACGAUACAAAAACCCAACAACCUACUUACGGUAGAGGUAUAUGGUUAAGCGCGAGUGAGUGAGAAGCUCAAAUCAGUUUUUAUAUCACAUAAAUUAGAAUUUUUAUAAGCAACUUGCUUAUUAUGUUCAUAAUAUAGUACUGGAUGUGACGAACGAGAAAUUUCUUUGCGCCCGACGGAGAAGUCGUAAUUAAUAAUGCAGGUCCUGGGGGGGAAAUCAAUAUGAAAGAUGGUUUAUUUUGCAGACUGCGCGAACGCAUGCGUAGUUCGCUUUUCCGUCAGUGCAAGGAGGUUUCUGCGUAUGGCGUGUCUCGGAUUUCAUAAAGAGGCACAAGUUGUUGUUUCGAAUUUUUUUUUAAACCAAGCCAAACAACGGGAGGGACAGACUAUUAAAAUUCCUUCCUUUCUCAACUGCAAGAUAUGGGGGUAUUUUAUUUCGGGAUUGUAAUAUUACGUCCGGAUUGUAUUUUACGUCCAGAUUGUAUAUGAGCAGAUCAUAGGGUCUGUCCUCAGGUGUAUAUUAUGCAGAACAGAAUGAAUUUAUUAAAAUUGUGAAAGAGUGAUUAGUAUUAUUGUAUAUUUUAUUCGUUGUUGUUGUUGUUGUUUUUGUAUUUUUCUAGCGUUAUUUUACCGUGGUGUGUUUAGCUAUCCGCUGUUGUUCUGCAUACACAAUAUCAAUUGCUCUGGAGUCACACUUUGAAAUUCCUGUGUAGUUGCACGGAUACUGCGGAUAGGUAUUUCCAAAUAAUGCGCACUAUUGUGUACUUCUAAUAAGUUUUAAGAGGUAGACAAUUUCUCCGCGUAUUUCUAAAUGUCUUUAGUCUCGGCUGUCAGUAUGCAACUUAUGAAAGAAUCACGCUUUAAGCUUUAAAUCUGUGUUGUUGUUUUUUUGUGAAUUCUUGUUAGAUUUCUUAAUUAUACGCCAGAUCAUUUCUGAACUUAGCAAGAUCAGGGAAAUGCUGUUCCAAUCUUCUGUCAUACAAUUUCAGCUUACUUACUUCGUAUAUCGUUGUCUUAAUCAUUAUUUUUUACUGACCUUAUUUUUCAAUCAGUAAGUCUUCGGUGCAGUAAAGCGUAAAUUAUAUGUCUAGAUUUCUUUAAAAAUCUUAACUGGCUUUUUAUGUAAUCUACAGUUAAGUGAACUUUGCACACGUGUUUUUCUUCAGAUAAGUAUUUUCUAUCUGUUUGAGAGUUUGUUGUUAACGUUGCAACUAAUUAGUUCUCUAAGAUAUUUUCAUUUUCAAAA